CAACUGAUAUACUUACAAUAUUUUGACAGCACGACGAUGAUGAACAGGCCGUGGAAAACCUGCAGGAAUUUACUAGAAAAGUACGCCUUUACUCUAAGUACGCUUUGCGUUGUCUGGUGAUCAUUUCAACUUUCGUUUGCGUCCAACCAAUUCUCGCAAAUUAUGGCGGUGAGUUAAGCAUUUAAAAAUUAAUUUCAUAUUCAUACAAUAAUAAAAUAGAAUGCAUCACAAUCUCUUAUCUAAAAGACUACAUUAAUGACAUUGCUUUACCAAUGAUCGAUCUGCAUAAGAGCCCCAUUUACGAAAUUUGCUAUCUGCUAGAAGCACUUUGGAUGAUUCCAGUAGGCGUUUGUUCAUAUAAUGCGUAUGUAAAUUCAUUUUUGAUCUCCAUGUCGUUUGGUACUUCCAUGAUGAAAGAUCUUCAACAGAAAUUGGAAAAUUUAUCCGAAAUGGAUGAUGUAGAUGCCUUAAGGAAUAUCAAGGAAUGCAUUAAACGUCAUAUAAAAAUCAUCAUGUUUCGUGAUGACUUGGAAGAGCUCUAUUCGGCCAUGUCCUUGAUUGAUGUUAUGUUAUACUGCAUAGUACUAGCAACGAUGCUUGUAUAUUCAUCUAUGGACUAUGAUAGUGCACUCGUUUUUAAAGGUCUACAAUUGUUGCUCGUUCAAACAUCGUUGAUGUACCUAAUCUUUCAGUAGUUUAGUAACGCUUUCUCGAACGAGAGUUUAAAUAUAGCCAACGCAGCAUAUAAUACCAAUUGGAUGCAACGCAGCACAGAGUUUCGCAAAUGCAUUGUGCUGAUAAUAGCCAGAAGUCAAAGGCCCUUGCAGGUAGUAGUUUAACAUAAUUUUUUAUAUUUACAUUAUGUAUCUACAAAAGUUUCUCUAAUUUCUAGCUUACGGCUGGUGGCUUAAAACCAUUGACUUUGGAGUAUUUUAUCGGAAUAAUGCGCGCCUCAUAUUCGCUAUUCUCGGUACUACAGGGCACAAUGUGAGUUGCAUAUGUACAUACAUAUGUAUGUAUGUACAUCAUCGUAAUUAAAAAUAACAGCGAUGAUUACCGAGAACGUUGCAAUUGUGGGAGGCGCGACAUGCAUACUGAAUGACUAGGACUCGGAAUCUCAUGCAAAUGCAUGUUUUUAUUGGCCAUCCUUAAAUGGAAAUUGUUAAA